GACACAAGAUACUAAUACUGUAAGUGCUAGAGGGAUUUGUGAGAACAACAGAGAUGAUAUCAAUGGACAAAAUGGCAACAAUAUCAAUGUAGUGUUUGUGCCUGUUGUUGUUAACUACGUACCUGUUUUAAAAUCUAUUCUUCUGAAACCUGCAAAUGUUCCCAGUAAAAAUCAAGUGGAAUUUGAAAACAAAGAAGUUGAGAAAAUUUCCGAAGAAUUUUGGAGAAAGUGCACUUCUAGAGAUUUUUUUCGCAUGAUGGACUCGGAAUUUGAAGAAAUAGACAUUGAUCAGAGAAUAGCAUCAGAUUUUAAGUUUGCCGUUAAGCUUGGAGUGCAACCGAUAGAAGCCAUCUGUAGUAAUUGCUCAUUUCGCAGGAAAUUAUUUUACACAGAACAUGAUAAUUCUGUAUGUUUUAGAUGUAACGAAUGCAAAACGAAUAGUUCGCCAUUUGACGGUACAUUCAAGGGCAAAUUCGGGCAUGUUUCGUGGGAGUGUAUUUUUUCUUUUAUAUGGCAUUUAUUAUGUAUUGAGUGUUCUUUAACUAAUACUUGUAUGGCAGUUGGCAUCAGUACAUGUAUUUCAAUGGAUUGGGCUAACUAUGUGCGGCUUGUUAUGAGGAUUUCUGUAAGUAAUAUGUCAAACAUUAAAGUUGGUGGUCCAGGAAAAAUAGUUGAAAUAGAUGAAACUCUAAUUAUUAAAAGAAAAAACAAAGAAGGUCAGAAUUUGAAAGAAACUCUUUGGGUUGUUAGAGGAGUAUGUCGUCAAGAUAAUGCGUGCUUUGUAUGCAAAGUGAAUGACAGAUGCGAACGAUCUCUUAACUGGGUAAUAUCGAAAUAUGUAAAUUCAGAAAGCACUGUCUGUAUGGACGACUCGAAAGGAAUAGAUAUUACGCAUAAGAGCACGAAACAUGCUGAAAAUGUCAACCCAGAAACCGAUGUGCAUAUUCAAACAAUAAAACGUUUGUGGCGUUGUUUAAAAAAUAGAAAAAGUGUGCCCAUGCAUUUCACUAAAGAUUUAUCGGAUUCUUACUUAUAUUUCUUUAUGUAUAAGAAGAUGUUCAGAUGGGAACGAUUAAAACCUGGAGAACGUUUCGAAUUAUUUGCUAAGCAUUUGAGUUGGAUUUAUCCCGGACCAGGUAACACCCCUAUUUGGAAAGAGCCAGAAACUGUGCCUACAGCCCCAGAAAUGGACACUGAGAAGAAAGAUAAUCAGAAAAAUGAGAAUUUGGAAACGUCAUCUAAAAAUACAGUUAAAUCGUCUUUAAAGAGAAAGGGUGAAGGUUGUAAAAGUUCAGAAGAAACAUGUUCAAUGUCCAAAGAAAAGAAGAAAGGGAAUUAAAACUAUGGAAAAAACAGGCCUUUUCGCUGCAACAUUUGCCAAAGAAGUUUUAAGUUGAAGGCAGAUUUGGCAAGGCACGAGAGACUCCAUUCCGACGACACUCCAUUCUCUUGUAACAUCUGCAAAAUGAGGUUUAAACUGAAAACCUAUUUAAACAGUCACAUGACAAUCCAUUCUAAAGAGAGACCUUUUCAGUGUAAUCUGUGUAAAAUGGAAUUUAAGAGGAAAUCAUAUUUAAUGAAACAUCAUAAAAUGCACAUCUUCAAGAAACCAUUUCAGUGUAAUAUAUGUAAAAUGGGUUUUAAGAGCAAAUCGUGUUUAGUACGUCAUUCAAAAUUUCAUUUCGGACAGAAAAAUUGAUUUUAAAUCAAAUAAAAAGUGAUUUUGUAAAUAUUUUAAACAAUUUAUUUUGUGAUGUGGAUGGCAGAUGUGGUUGAGAUGUCAACCCACUGCGCUGGGGAUUCUAAAGUCUAGAUUUGAACUUCAAAUUUUCAUAGAUAGUUUGGCCCAGAUAUAUCAUCCUCCGUUGCUAGUCUAGAUACACUGGCUGUCCUCAUUACAUGGGAAACCCGUAAUGGGCAAAAAAAGAUCAUCUUACUGCCUACAGAGUGGAAAGAGUCAAACGAAAAACGAUUUAAUUUAUUUGCGGACAUAAACAAAUUUUAUGUAGUAUUUCAUGAAAAUUUAUGGUGUCUACAAAUCAUUUUAAUACUUUUGUUUGAUAUUUAAUUUAUUAAAUAAAAGUUUGUAUUUUAUGUAAUAAUUCUUUGUAGUUUUAUAGAUUUUUUUUUAGUUUUGUUCAUAAAUUUGAUUACCAUUUCUGUUUUUCAAACCAUGGUGAUGAUAAAACAGUUUAACCUUAAUUAUCAUUGAAAAUAAUGAAAUUGUAGCAAUCGGCAACAUCCGAAAAACUCGAUGGAUAAUAUUUAAAGUGACUUUGCAGUACAAUAUGCCGGGGUUAGAAGUAAUUCGAGUUUGUACAAUCCGUUGUAACAGUAGGACACUUCAUACUGUGGUUAUUUAGUUGAUUAGUUGUAGACUAUGAUUCAUUAGCUCUAUUUUCAAAUCAAGUAUUCAUAAAUGUUCUCUAAAGCUUAACACUACAUACUUUAUGUUGCCAUAAAAAUAGAUCCAAUUUAACAGUUUUCUGAUUACAGUCUGUAACAAAAGUAUAAACACACCUUCUUUUUAAAUUAAAUUAAAUUUA